AUUGCGCGACGAGUGGUUUGUUCGGUAGUUUAUCUUUCUGAAGAGAUUUUCUAUUCUAUUUUGUACGAAACACAUGUAUGAAUAAAAUUAUAUUAAAAUAUGAAUUGUGGAGCAUCCUUGCUAAUAAACCCAUUAAGUAGAGUGUACAAUAUUAUUGCUGUUUGUUGAUAUUAGAUUGUGUGAAAAUCUAAUCCUUGAAUAAUGGAUUGGAUUAUUUCUGAUGAGUUGGGCCUAACUGUGGGUCACUUAGUCGGAUGGGGGGCGGCUGGUGCUAUGAUUAUAGGAGGAGUAGCUCCAUACAUUCCUCAAUAUAGACAAAUUAAAAGGACACAAGAUGCUGAAGGCUUUUCCUUAUAUGUGUGCUUAGCUCUUCUAAUUGCAAAUACUUUAAGGAUAUUAUUCUGGUUUGGUAAACGUUAUGAACUGCCUCUGUUAAUUCAGAGCAUUGUGAUGAACAUAACAAUGUUUGUGAUGAUCCAUCUAUGUGUAAAUGUUCGCAAAAAGAAUCAAAUAAUUCGUGCCAGGGAGCGAAUAUUCACAGGUGCAAUAUUCAUGUUAUAUAUACUGUUGUGUUGUGUGAAUGGAUCAGCCCAGCCAGAUGAGACGGCACGCUGGCUGGACCAACGCAGCGGUCUCAGCAGCGGGGAGAAGCCCCAUCGUUUCUACGAUAUGGAACGAAAAUAUUUCUGGGCGUGGACAGACUUCCAGAGCUAUGUGGACUGUAUGCUGGUGUUCUCAGUGAUCGGCGCAGCGAUCACUUAUUUGCUGAUUGAGUUCGCGCCGUUUGUCGAGCUGAUCGGCUUCCUCGCCGUCUUCACUGAAGCCAUGCUCGGUGCGCCGCAGAUAGCUAAAAACCACCAGAAUAAAAGCACUGAGGGAAUGAGUGUGAGCAUGGUUGUAAUGUGGAUGUGCGGCGAUGUGUUCAAGACUGCAUACUUCGUAGUGAGAGAAGCGCCCACGCAGUUCUGGGUGUGCGGCAGCCUACAAGUCUUCUUAGAUAUUAUUAUUCUCUUCCAAGUGUGGUUGUACCGGCACAGCACUGCGGCGUCGCGGCGGCUGCGGCGCGGCGACUAGCAGUGGACGGAGACGGAUUUAUAGCAGCGGCCGCGCGCCCGCGCUCCCCCCUGCGCCGCCCGCGCCGCCUCGCUCUCAGCACUGCUCUGCCUUCCACACGUUUUAUGACGAACUUUACACUUACGAAUACACCAGUGUCGGCGUAGCCCGUAUUCCGUUGACUACUUCUGUUUAAAGUAUUUUUACAACAUUCCACUGUGCCAAUGUUAGAUGGCUGCGAAAGAUACCUGAAGCAUAAUUUCGACGAUCGAAUCGAGACUUAACUGGUCUUUAUAGUCGUCCGUUACGAUGAGGAGCUUUUAUUCAAUUUGACUGGACAAAUUUUAUACAAAUUCCGUAGCUAUACGGUGCUAUAGGUUUGUGCCUAACAUUCGAAGAACAUCGAGGUUGAUGAGUCCUAUUAGAGGCUUCGAUGUAGACGUUUGAAAACGUAUUAGUACGAUUGAUGUAAUAGCAUUUGUAUUAGAGAGACCAACUGCGAUUUGUUUGCUUCCCGUUUUAGGAAGGAUUUUUACUAGUCGUAGGAACUAGGUGUGUAGAGGUGUUCCGUGUACAACUCGCUUUAUAGAACCCUAGUGUGCCAUUUGCUAUGUCCUUAAAUACGUUUACAUCACGAGUUAAAAAUACGAAGUUUCUUCAAAUAUCUACCGAAUUAUUUUACUUAUUUUUGUAAAUUUAAGGGCAUAGUACAUGUUUGAAUUAUUCUAGCGAGGUAUACAGUACUCGCGGACUCCAACGAUUGUGAUAAUUAUCACGUUUUGUAAGGAAUAUAACCAAGUACAAUUGACUAAAUUCGCUUAUUAACAAGUACACAGUUCUAAAUUAUUGUGAUAGUUUUAAUUUUGUAAUAAUUAAAUUACUGCGUCAUCACAUUGCACUAAGUAAUCUUAACACUCUUUGUUAAGUUGGUAACUUAUGAAGGCUAAUCAUAAAUUUAUUUCAAGUAUCAAAUAAAUUUCAUAUAGUUUUUCGUUGUGAAUCGUAGUGUAGACCGUUAUAUACGUGAUAAUGCGCUUUCAUCCCGCGUUGUGUUAUUGAUCUGUAUAUUAUUGUAACUUAUAAUGUUCUCUUAAGUAUUACUUGUGAUAAUAUGCUUUUUAUUAAAUAAGCUAUCAAAGUAGUCAUAUAUAUCACCUAAGUGUACAAAUUAUAGUCAGAUGUUACAUAAUUAAAAGUAAUUUUAUAUUCGUUUCUCGUAUUACAUGAAGUACAUUUUGUUUUGGUACACGAAUGUACAUAGUUUUAUGAUUUUGAUUAUUUUUAGAGAAUUUUUGUAUAACGUCACGAUUAUAGUUUCAAAUUAAUCUCAUGUAGGUAAAAUUUGCGAUGCGCAACAUUCUUAAUGAUUUUGGACAAAUUCCCUAGUAAUAGACAAUACUUAAGAAAAGUUUCUCUAAAGAGAAACUUAUUUAAGAACUAUACGAAUGCCGUGAAUUGAUUUUCAGACCUCGAUGAACAAUAGUGGCCAAAAUACAUUUAAUAAUCAUAGUCCUUUUCUACCUUUGUUUUUAGGAAAGAUAUUAGUUUGUUUUUUAUAGAAAUGUUGUGAAUGAACAAUGAAUUUUGUACAUAAUUAUUUGAUAGCAAUAAUUACUAAUGUAAUCGACGCUUCCACACAAUAUGCAAUAUUGUCUUUAUUAAUAUGUAUUGCAUUUUUCAUUUUAGUCUUCCUAAAGAUGUAAUAAUUAUGGACUUAUUUUCUUAUUUAUUUUCUGAAUACCAGCGGGAUUAGCACUGUAAGCGUGCGAUUCUUUCUCGCCUCGACAUACGUCACCCGUCACUCUCUCACAGUACUGCACAGAAAGAGGCAGAUGAUCUCUGUCGCUGCGAGAAAGAGUCGCGUGCUUACGGUGCUAAGCCCGCAGAGCAUAAUUGUGACCUAAUAUGUUGAUAUUUGACAAACAAACGACACGAGAGAAUAUUUAUAAAGCGUGAUCGAACAUAUCAAAUUUAUAGAACAUAUCAAAAUAAUAGCAUCUGUAUGUUGAUGGGUAUCCUUAUAUAUGUAUUUGUCAAUUAUUGUAGGUUUGAUAUGACAAAUUACAGAACCAUCGCACGUUGUCAUGAAGUAUGUUGUGAUUUUAGGAGUUAUCAUUUCUUAUACGAAAUAAAGUUAUACUGUUUGUUAAUA